UUUUGUAUUUACGCCAUUUUGAAGUCUUCCGAGUUAUAUAUUUUUAUUUUCUUGUUCAUUUAAACUUCAUUGAACAUUGCAAAUUUAAAGCAAAUACAUUGUACACGAUUCAAGAUAUUUCUCGAACUUUCGAAAUAUAAUUUCAAACUGACAUAAAUUAGCUAUUUAUGAUUAUAAUCGAAAACGAGCAAUAAAUAUUUUUUUUAACCAAAAUUAUAACCAUUUAAUACUCAGAAACUUCAAAAUUGCUAUGCUAAAAGUUUCUUCUCAAUUUAUAUCAACUUGUUUCUAAGAUUCAAAAAUAGUUUGGUUAUUAAGAAUAAAAUAAAAUGCCACAGAAUGAAUAUAUUGAGCGUCAUCGGAAAUUAUAUGGACGAAGAUUGGAUUAUGAAGAACGUAAAAGAAAGAGAGAAGCUAGAGUACCUCAUAAACUUUCCGAAAAAGCUAAAAACCUUAGAGGUAUAAAAGCUAAACUUUUUAAUAAAGAACGUCAUAAUGAAAAGAUACAAAUGAAAAAGAAAAUUAAAGCAUAUGAGGAAACAAAUAUUAAAAAGAGUGAACAACUCGUUCCUGAAGGUGCAUUACCAGUUUACUUACUAGAUCGAAAUAUUAGAUCAAGAGCUAAAGUUUUAUCUAAUAUGGUAAAACAAAAAAGAAAAGAGAAGGCUGGUAAAUGGGAUGUACCUAUACCAAAAGUGAAAGCGCAAUCUGACUUAGAAGUAUUUAAAGUAUUUAAGAGUGGAAAGUCUAAACGAAAAUCAUGGAAGAGGAUAGUUACAAAAGUUACAUUUGUAGGAGAAAAUUUUACAAGAAAACCACCAAAAUUUGAAAGAUUUAUUAGGCCAAUGGCAUUGAGAUUUAAAAAAUGUCAUGUAACUCAUCCAGAACUAAAAGCUACCUUUUGUCUUCCAAUUAUAGGGGUUAAGAGAAAUCCUAAUUCACAAAUGUAUACUACGUUAGGGGUAAUUACAAAAGGUACAAUUAUCGAAGUGAAUAUUUCAGAAUUAGGUUUGGUUACACAAUCUGGUAAAAUUGUUUGGGGAAAAUAUGCUCAAGUAACAAAUAAUCCUGAAAAUGAUGGGUGUAUUAAUGCUGUACUACUGAUCUAAUCUAAAUUUUUAUAAUCAUAAAAUUCU